AUAUAUAUUCCUGUUUUUCUGUGUACGUACUAUAUAUACGAACUAUUAGAUGUAUCUUUCUUGGAUAAUAUGUGCGUUUAAACAUAUAUUCGAAAAAAUCUGGAAGAAAAAUCUGGACUAAUUAUAAGAAGAAUGAAAUAUUGGAUAUCCUACGAGUUCAUCGUUUCCUUGCAUCAUUCGAAGCUUAUCCCAGCAUUUCCCAGAGAAAGAGAAAAACGAAAGAUCCCAGAUCAAACCGACAAGAUCCUUGCUUGAAUUCCUUCCAACUAGUUCCUGUUGACUUGACGAAGACAGACAAAUAUCUCGAAAUUGAGUGAAGAAAAUUUGAAGUCGCGGACUGGAAUUACUUGCAGGAUCAUCGAAGCCGAAUGUAACCGUAAUCGCCGACGCACGAGAGACCUCGACUCCUUCCUCCGAGCCGGAUACGCGCGUGAGAUUUCCGAUCGACCUUGAUCGAACUCCACCUUGGAAUACUUAUCGACACACUGACGAACUUCACUCGCCGAAUCAUUUAUAUUCGGAAUCGAUGCACGAUCAACAGGAAUCUACGAACAUUCUUAUGGAACGAGACGCAAGAGUUCUGAGUUCCGUGUUUCCAACGUGUCCCGGGACCACUGGCAAUUCAGAAUUCCCGGAAGAGACGGUGAAGGGCGUCACUGCGUAUCCACCAUUUCCGUGCCCGUUCUGCGACAGAGCGUACACUAGUUGGGGUUUUCGUCGAAGGCACAUCAAAGCCGUCCACACGAUUUCACCGUCUUUGAACUGCAAAUGGUGCUUGCAGGUUCUUCCCACGCAUGCGGCUUGGAGACGUCACGUAAUAUUAGCGCACAAUUUGUCUGCGAGCGACGCGCAUAAUGGUCUCUUAAUUUUGGAGGAAGCGCACAUGGUUUUACAAAUCGCGCAUCCUACUAGGUUAGACACCUUAGUUAACAUAAUUAAACAAAAUUCUCAACAGAGUAACAAUCAAGAGAAUACUCAGUCGGACAAAGAUUGAAUCGAAACAUUGGAUUGUUGUGUAUCGACAUGAUCGGGCUGUCUAUAUUCGGGUUCGGGGCACGGAUUCGUUCAGACAGAAGGAAAGCUACCUUGUACAAAAUUACGGGAUAAAACAAAAAAUAA